UGUCAAACUGACAAACAAAAAUUUCACCUGAGAGAUAUUGCGGUUAUAAGUUGGUUAUAGCUGCUUUACGAGAAAGUUCCUUAAAACAUUAUUAUAAAAUACAGUCUUUAGCCGGAGUACAGUAAACCUUAAAGGAAUUUUAAAAUGUCGUUCUUCAUAAAACAAUCUUUGCGCAGGGUUCUGGCACCUGGAAUAUCUGUAUUAAGGAAAACUAAUUUCUCAACAACCAGUGCUGCUUUUGCGCCUAGAAUUCAAAAACCAGCACCUGACUUUAGAGGUACAGCAGUAGUGAAUGGAGAGUUUAAAGAAGUGAAGCUUGCGGAUUACACUGGGAAAUAUGUGGUUCUGUUAUUCUAUCCUCUGGAUUUUACAUUUGUCUGCCCGACUGAAUUAAUUGCAUUCAGUGAGAGAAGUAAAGAAUUUGACAACAUACAAUGCCAAGUCAUUGGAGUUUCAACAGAUUCCGAGUUCAGCCACUUGGCAUGGACAAAUACACCAAGAAAGAAUGGUGGAUUAGGAAAAUUAGAGAUUCCCCUGUUAUCUGAUUAUAAGAAGAAAGUCUCUCAGGAUUAUGAAGUUUUAUUGGACGAAGGGUUUGCGUUGCGAGGUUUAUUCCUAAUCGAUGGUAAUGGAAUUCUAAGACAUAUGUCAGUGAAUGACCUGCCCGUGGGGAGGUCUGUCGAUGAAACUCUAAGAUUGGUCAAGGCCUUCCAGUUUGCAGACAAGCAUGGAGAGGUAUGUCCAGCUAACUGGAAUCCAGAGACGAACGCCGCUACUAUCAAACCAAGCCCAGUAGAGAGUAAGGAGUACUUCCAAAAAGCAAAUUAAUUAAUCCUAAUGUUUAAAUUAGUAGAGAAAUAAGUAUAAAUAGUUAUGAAAUUGGAAUGUAUGGUGUAAGAUGCAUAUUACGAUUUACUUUGGUGUUUGAAAAAUUUGAAUCUGUUAUUGUAUGAAUAAAAUUGUUUAUUGGUAUGUCUAAUACACAUCCAUUAUGUCCUAAAUUUGAAAAAUAAU